UCGGCUCGGGGGCUGCGGGCUCCCGGGUGGCGGGGCCGGGAAGUCGCUGUGGGCGGGGACCGGGGCUGCGGCGGGCUGCGCUCUCCCCGGUCCUCCUGGGGACAGCCCGCGCGCGGACCGGCUGGACCGCUCCGUGCCAUCGCUCCCGGCCGCCGCCCGGCGCUCGGUCCGUCGCCUUGGUUUCCCUGGAGCAGGAACUCGAGUGUGUAAGAACUUCACUCCGGCGGGCGAGGCAGGGUCCGCACACCGCUGCGCGGCAAGAGCAAUUCUGUGCUUUUUGCAAACGUACAGGCUGCUGCACGACGUAAAAACCAAACCCAGCAACCCGUUCGUUACUUCUAGGCUGAAGAAUUGUGAGGUAGAGGAAAGGAAGUUGACGUCCUAGAACUGAGCCAGUGUGCACUCCAGCUGGAUGAAGGAGGUCAGAUCUGGGUUUGCAGAGACGAUCUGAUCACCUAGAAUUAGAGCUGGUCCAGAGACUUUUCUGUUUCAAAAAUGUUGGAAGAAGAUAUGGAAGUAGCCAUCAAGAUGGUGGUCGUAGGGAAUGGAGCAGUUGGAAAGUCAAGCAUGAUUCAGCGAUAUUGCAAAGGCAUUUUUACAAAAGACUACAAGAAAACCAUCGGUGUUGACUUUUUGGAGCGACAGAUUCAAGUUAACGAUGAAGAUGUCAGGCUAAUGUUGUGGGACACCGCAGGCCAGGAGGAGUUUGAUGCAAUAACAAAGGCAUACUAUCGAGGAGCCCAGGCUUGUGUGCUUGUAUUCUCCACCACAGACAGGGAAUCUUUUGAGGCCAUUUCCAGCUGGAGAGAAAAAGUAGUGGCGGAAGUUGGAGAUAUACCAACUGUGCUUGUACAAAACAAGAUUGAUCUGCUCGACGAUUCUUGUAUCAAAAAUGAGGAAGCUGAGGCCCUGGCCAAAAGGCUGAAGUUAAGGUUCUACAGGACGUCUGUGAAGGAGGACCUGAAUGUGAACGAAGUUUUUAAAUAUCUGGCUGAGAAACAUCUACAGAAACUCAAACAACAAAUAACCGAAGAACCAGAGCAGACACAUUCCAGUAGUAACAAAAUCGGUGUCUUUAAUACGUCUGUUGGAAGUCACUUGGGUCAGAAUUCAAGUACCCUCAAUGGUGGAGACAUCAUCAAUCUUAGACCUAACAAACAAAGGACCAAGAAAACCAGAAACCCUUUUAGCAGCUGUAGUAUACCCUAAAUUGUUUCGGGGAGAAGAGCAGAAUUGCAUUAGCAGUUCACUGAGAACCGCACCGAUGUCGCGGUGUGUUAGCGUCUUAGCGGACCUUGCACCUCGCUCUGAAGGCUGACAUUGUAAUGAUGCCUGCAGCGCUUGUGGGAAUGUAGCUCCUGACCUCUGCUGGAGGAUGACUGCCUUGUGGACUUGUUCUAGUUUUUCCCAUUAGACGAAGCGUCUCCUGUUUUUGAAGGAACACCAUAGGACAUGUCAAAAACAGGUUUUGCUGAAUUUUAAAUGCUGAGAACAAAAUGAAACGGCUAAAUAUAUUGGUACCAGUUUUGCUCUUAUGGACCAAGCAGAGAUAGCAAGUGUUCUUUUUCUGGAAUGUUCAUUCUGAAUGCUUAAGGAAAGUACUGAAGGAAAACCUCAGACUGUCAGCCUGCACUAGUGUGUGCUGUCAGGGUACUUGUGCAAUGUCUGUAAAGUGUAGAUUGUGGGAGUGUGCAUGCGGACACCUGGCUCCAGCGAGCGGAGAUCUGUGCGCCAGUGAAGGGUUUAUAGAUUCUAAGUAAUCCAGUCAUACAACCAUUUAUACAUUGUGUAUCUUUCUGGUCUCACACGAGAACUUGGAGACAUAUUUUAUAAAACGAAUUUGAACUUAAAUGUGCCAUGUGCCAAAACAGCCCCCUAAUUUUUACAGUGCUUUACUACUGGAAUUUGUAUCUUGUGGCAUCUUUUAAAGGCAGUUUCCGACCGUGUAGGUGAAGGGAACGUAAACAUCCGAAUGCCAGGGCCUCUCCCCAGCGAGGUUCUGGGAGUCUCUCCGAGGCCUCUGCAGGCAUGGCGAGCUCCUGGUGUCGCAGGCUUAGCCUGGUCCCCAGGUCCACACAGCUCUGAACUUGGAAGGUGAAGGGAACCAUUUUUUCAGAAUAUACAAAGGAUAGUCUUUGGUCCUGACCCAGAUCAUGGAUUUUCUGAAACCUUGCAACUCUAAAGCAUUCUUCUGUUUACAAACCUUGUAUGGCGUUUUAAGAUUAUUGCUUAAAUUUCCAGUGGCCUUUGGUUUACAUGGCACCUUAUCAAGAGCUGUUAGUCCAGAAAAGUCCGUAAAGAAAUGACCCAGUAUGUAAAUAAAUGAUGGAUGCAAACUUGCAAGCUGGGACACUAGCCUGCCAAAGAGGGAUAAUUUCAUGAGUUCUCGUAAAAACUGAUCUUUUUAAAUCAGUGGAUUUGUUUUUAAAGUAUAAACUCCUUUCCACGUUCCUGGUUUUCAUGGGAUUUCAAAACAUAUAAAAAUGAUUUUUCUUGGAAAAUGUGCUAUGAAGUCAUUUCUGUUGUUUUUACUAAAAUAUAUAGAUGUUUGACGUAUUUCUCCUUUUUUUUUUUAAGUUUACCCCCAUUGUACCACCCUUAUCCUGCCCAGAUUAAUGUUGAGAUCAUAGUAGAAAUCACUGAGUGCCCUUGUUACACAGUCCAGACUGAUUGCUUGCUUUUCACAACACUGAACCCAUCAGGCAUCAGCCAUCCCCAAGUAGUACAGAUGUUUAUCUUGUGUUAGUCAGUUCUUAGCACUCCCAUUGCUGGGAGUGGAACAAGAGUGGGGAACUUGGCUCCUAACCAGGGUACCCAGGUGCCUGCGGCGUGUCUUUUCUCUCUUCAAAUAUGGUCUCUUUAGUUUUUGCACAAAGUGUAUUUGGUGGCAGGUAAUCUUAAUUGUCAUUUUUUAAUUGGAAGAAUUCAUUAUAGAACAUUGUCGCUUCAUUCAUAGUCACUGAAUGUGUGGUAAAGAGACGUGUAAUACUUCUCUAUAAAAUAAUGACCCAGUCUGAUGAUGGCUGCUGGUUCCUUAAUAUUUGUAACAGAAUUUUAUGUACUUUGUUUUAUCCUUUUUUUUUUAAACAGAAGUCUUUGUCACACAUUCGAAUUUUUACUUUGCAUUGCUAUAUUUUAUACUUAACUAUAAAAGGUCUAAAAUCAGCCACAAGUAAUAUUAAUUUAUCAGUGUGUUCAAUUCUGAAACCUUCAGAGGUCAUAUUGUUUUCUUUUGUGGCUGUGACUUUUAAGAAUGUAAUACGGAGUUCUGGUGAAAGCCCUUUGGUGAUGAUAGAAAACCCUGUCCAGGACUCCGGGCCAUUGUCCAUCUGUGCUCCAGUUGACUCUUUGUACAUACAUCAUCACCGGUUUUUAGUGUCAGGCACAGAGUUGCGGAAUACUCGCCAUAUCUAAGCAUUCCUCAGGUUUCUUCUUCCAGUGUCUGCCUAUGAAUUCAAUAGUGCAGAAAACAGCCCAUGGAAGGCAGUACAAGUAAAAGCAGGUCGAACUGUUGUUAUCCACUCAAAGCGACAGCCCACAUCCUUUUCAAAUGAAAGCAAACACCACCACAGAGAGGAUGUGUGACCCUUCCCUGCAGAGUGAAGUCAGGUGGCUGCUGAGAACUCAGGAGUAGGGCCACACAUGCCUGCCACCGGGCCUGGGGCCUUGUCCAAAGGUUUGGCAUGAAUGGGCCAUAGGACCUGAUGUCUCACCCUGAGGUGUGCUCUUGUGAUGUGAGAUGAUGUUAACCUUUGGAGGGAUUCUGGUACCUGCUGUGAGGUGCUCUGGGAACCCUCAUUAAAGCAGCUCUGGCUGACUGGCUGCAGGGGGCCACAGGGUGAGAGUUGUUACUCUGCAGGGUUUCAUAUGUAAAAGGCUAUCAUACAAAUGAAGUUAUCUGCAUACAGGUAAGUAAACCACAGUGGGGUCUGAGAUACCCAGGCACCAAGCUCCCAGGUAAUGAUUUGGCCACAGGACUCUUUGUUACUACUCCUGUUGUCUCUUGAAGUAUCUACGUAGGAUGUUGAUAAAUGGUAUUUUGAAAAUAAAAUCUUUGGAUCAAAGGAAGAACUUAACCCCUUCUAUAUUUUUGUUACUAAUAAAUAAUGCUUUUGUAAAUCA